AUCUUUUUAGCAAAGCAAAACGCAAAACGCGAUCUAUUAAAAUUUGGUUGUGCCGCCAUUCGCCAUCGCCAUUAUCCGGCUUUCCUUUUUAUUACUUUUUAAUUGGGUGCAUUUUAAAUUACCGACGAUUUCUGUGUUCAAUUUGGGAGGCGUGGGAACCAACCAUUCUUUGCGAAUCCAACUGAAUUAUUUUUUAAAGGUGAUCCAGCCAUGAAGCGAGGCGCUGACGGUGAUAUGGGAAGCCCACAAAAACGCUCCAGAAGGGCAGGAGAUGAGGAAGUGCGCAUGUUAAUACCUAGUAAGGUUGCUGGCUCAAUCAUUGGCAAGGGAGGCCAAAAUAUCACCAAGCUUAGAAGCCAGUACAAAGCCUCGAUAACUGUCCCCGAUUGUCCGGGCCCUGAACGGUUACUGACACUUUCUUCAGACAUGGACAGCGUCUGCAAUAUCGUUAGCGAUGUAAUGCCAAAUCUUGAAGAGAAUGGAGCUCUAGCUGCUAAUGGAACUGACAUAGACAUGAGAAUGAUGGUCCAUCAAAGCCAAGCCGGUUGUAUCAUUGGCAAAGGCGGUUGCAAGAUCAAAGAAAUCAGAGAGAAACUUGGAACUCGCAUCAAGAUUUUCUCCAAUCCAGCUCCCCAGAGUACGGAUCGUGUAAUCCAGAUCAUUGGUGAACCAGCCAAGUGUAUUGACACCCUCCGGGAAGUACUCUCUUUAAUCAAGCAGAGUCCCAUCAAAGGUAUUGUCAACCCUUACGAUCCUCAUAACUAUGACGAAUUCUACGCUAACGAGUACGGUGGCUGGGGUGGUCAGCAACCAGCAGGAGGUGGAGGAGGUGGUGGACGUGAUAGGGAAGGAGGUAAUUUUGGAGGACGUGGUGGACCAGGAGGUGGUAGAGGAGGAGGAGGACGUAAUGAUGGACCUAGAAGUGGUCCACCUGCAAGAGGUGGAUCUGGAGGUCCCCCGUCCCGAGGUGCCCAAGGAGGUAGAGAUAACGGAGGGCCUUUCGGCGGAGGCAACAGAAGCGGUGGUUCUGGGGGUAGAUUUGGAGAUAGCGGCCCGCCUCCCAACAGAAGCGGCGGUGCAGGAGGAUUUGGUGGUCCGAGGGGUGGUGAUCUUUCCGGAAACUCCGGAGGACGCUCUAGUUUUGGUUCAAACCGAAACAGCGGGGGCGGAUUUCUCAAUGAUAGAAGCAGUAGCUUGUUCAGCGGAAACAACUUGGGAGGAGGCGGCUCGGGGGGCGGCAGUUUCGGAAACCGCAGUCAAAACAAUGGAAAUUUUGACAGGAACGGAUUUAACUCUUUUAAUCCACCGCCGCCGAGCUUCAAUUCCGCACCAUCUUCUGGUCCCAUAGGAUUGGGAAGCAGCGGUGGUUCUUCUGGUUCUGGAGGAAUGACCAGUACACAAGUUACUAUUCCUACAGAUCUUGCUGGUGCAAUUAUCGGCAAAGGAGGCGGCAGAAUCCGUAAAAUCCGCAACGACUCUGGUGCAGGAAUCAUGAUCGCGGAGCCUUUGCCCAAUUCCAGUGACAGAAUCAUUACCAUCACGGGAACCUCUAAUCAGAUACAGAUGGCCCAGUAUUUGUUGCAGCAGAGUGUCCACCAGAAUAAUGAAGGGCGGAACUUCUAAGAAAAUACUAUCUAUAUUAUAAUUAUUACUUAUAUCAGCUUCAAAAUAUAUCCAUUUUAUAAAAAUAGUAGUGCAUAUUGUCAACUAGUAGUCAUAUUUCAACAAAAAUUGUAUGAUUGCCAGUUAAUAGACAAAAUAAGUGGAACAUACUUUAUAUUUUUACGAAUAUAAGAAACAUUCCAAGUAAUUAAUUUUUUUCUGAUUUACGGGCAUUAGUUGAUAAAAACAUAUACCUAAUCUUGUAGUUUCAUAAUUAAAAAUUCAAUGUAUGUUCAAAUAUAAUUUCGGUUUAUAUGAAUAAGCUAUUAAGAUUAGUUUUUGCAAGUGUUCAUUUAUUUCUUGUUUGUGACUGAAGAUUUUUUUUGUAAGAAAAAUUAGGACGUAUUUUUGUAAAUGUAUUUGUGGUUAAUUUAGAUUUGGGUUUGAAAUAUGUCUAAGUAUUCCAUUCUUUUUCUUAGAUUGCAACUAAAAACUCAACCACAAAUUACCAACAGAAAGAAGAAAGUUCAUUGAGCGAGGACCUAACAAUUAUGUAAAGUACUAACCAGACAAUAUGUUUUAAAAAUUACAUACACAUUUAAGUUGUUUGGCUUGAAAGGGAACCAACGGACAAGUACAAAAUUACAUGAAAAAAUAGCGUUUUGGUUCCUGCCAAACGGCUUGUCAAUUUUCAACCAAAUAUCUUUGUGUAAUCCUAGCUAGUAGGUCUCUUAAUUAUGUUAAUAAUUAUGUAUUUGUGUCACAAUAAUUGUACUCUAUCAAUAAAAUAUUUGUGCUA